AUGACGUCACAGUAUCCAAACUUCUUUCCAGGCUACCCACAAGGAACGCCUCAUAGAAAUGUGACUCUGAGGUGUCUUCGUCCAAUAUCAUCGAGUGGAAGAUCUGGAGAAAUUGAAAUCAGGAUUGGAAAUUCAACCGCAGGGCAGAGAUAUCAUUCUGAAAAUAAUCACUAUGUGUGCUUUUUCUUUCUUUUCUUUAAUUUGCAACUUUUCUUGCUAAUUAUAGGCUGGGUGUCCCAGUUUUCCUCAUUUGCCUAUGUCUGGGGAGCUGGGGAUGGAGGUCAGUUGGGGACUGGUACCCAGAAGCACAGUCCAGUGCCAAUCAGGCUUCCUCUUUCAGCUGAGGUCUCUCACAUUGGUUGUGGUUAUGGAUUCACAGUAGCAGUUGAAGCAGGAAUUCCCAGGCUGUGGACCAGUGGUUUAAACACAUUUUCACAGCUUGGAAGACCACAGACAUGCAGUGAUUUGGAAAUUGAGUCUGUUCCGAGGUCUGUUGGUCUCCAUACAAAUAUACCUUUAUCAAUGCAAGUCCAGCAGAUUUCUUGUGGAAGAUCACAUUCAGCCAUAUUAUUAGACAAUGGAGAAGUCUGGACCUGGGGUGGAAAUUUCUAUGGACAGUGUGCAACUGGAAGCAAAGAAGCAGGAUCUAUUGAAAAGAUUACCAAGAUACCUAAUAUUACAAGUAAGAUCAAACAGAUAGCAUGUGGCUUGGACCACACCCUUCUGUUGUCAACUGAUGGCACAGUGAUGUCCUGUGGGUGGGGUGCUGAUGGACAAACUGGCUUGAAUCAUUUUGAAGAUGAGGAAACAUGUAAGAUCCUCGAGGGAGAACUGAAAGAUGUGAGGAUAAAACAAAUUGCAACUUCAGGAGAUUGCUGCUUGGCACUCUCAGAUGAAGGUGAAGUGUUUUCUUGGGGAAACAAUGAAUAUGGACAGCUUGCUGUUGAUAGAGAAGAUGAACAAUUUGCAGUCCCCAUGAGAGCGUGGAAGUACCGGGCAAAGUAAAGGAAGUGACGUGUGGCUUAGAUCACAUGGCAGUCAUAGUGGCAUGUAACUAGUGCAACUUUGUCAGAGCGUGCGUGGUUUCGAAAAAGAAGACUAGUCGUGGGAGUGACUUCGCGCUGGAACAUUGGGACAAAAAUGUUUUCAUGAAUUGAACCAAGCUGUUUCGCUGCCAGUGAAGCAAGAGAAACGUAGUGGCGGAUGUUUGAAAUAUUAAAGGAAAUAUCAAAAGUCAGGGAAGAUUUUCCAGAGAUCAUCACUUGCAUGAGAUUUGUAUUCUCAUUUAAAUUAUUGCUUAACAAUUUUCUCUUUGCUUAACAGAAGCUUUCUAAGACGUGUUUAAGAAAGUCUAAGAGGAGUCCUCACUAUUUCGCAAUUGUUCUUACGUGGAAAACCUACACAGGCCUUAACCCUUUAACUCCCAAGAUCUCAUUAGUAAUU